AUGCACGACUUAGUCGUGUUUGGUGGCCGCGCGUUGUUCCCCCCCCAAAUCAACCUGCCGCCGUCGCCGCCUCCCCCAAAUCCCCUGCCGCCGUCGUCGAUUCGCCGUCGCCGCGCGCCUCCCCCAAAUCCCCCACCGCACGCAUCUCCUGCCUGCCGCCGUCGUCGAUCCAUCGCCGUCGAUCCGUCGCCGUCUCCCUCGAUCCGUCGCCAUCGCCGCCAUCCUCCAUUUCCCUCGAUCCGUCGCCGUCUCCCUCGAUCCGUCGCCAUCGCCGUCGCCUCCCGCCUCAGCAACAACAAGCACGCCGACCAGGUGCAGAUCGAUCGCCAACCACCGCAGGGACCGCCUCUCCAGCACGCCGACCAGGUGCAGAUCAAGCUCAAGCCCGUCUUCAGCGCUCACUCGUCCAGAAGCUCGAUCAAGACCGCCGCCGUCGACAUCAACCUCAAUCUCGUCUGCUGCCGCCUCGCCAAGACCGCCGCUAUCGUCAGCAACCUCAAGGUCGUCUGCUGCCGCCUCCCCCAGACCUCCGUCGUCGUCAGCAACCUCAAGGUCGUCGACGUCGCUGCUGUCUCCACAGGUACACAUUGA